AUGGCGACGGCAUCACCCUCGGCGAGUACGUCACCACCGCGGAUCAAGGUGAAGAAGGAACUGUGCACCGAGAACGACGCGAUCAAGGAGCUCGCCGAGACGGCCAUGAACGAUAUCCUGGGCUGGUACGGUUACGACAGCGUCGAUCGUCUCGAGCUGGCAACCAACAGUCUGGCCUCAACGUCAGCCACUCUGGAUGAGGACGGACGGUUACGGCCGGAUUCCGACAUCAUCUCCAAGACGAAAGCGAGCAAUUCGACCUCCUCCAAGCAUUUCCACGCCCGCCAACACUCACCCACCGGAGGUCAUUUCCACGUGCGCCAUCAGGACGAUCCAGCCAAUCCGCUUCCAUCGACGUCAGCCGGUUGUGACCGACGUAGCGCGACCCACGGACGUCCUGGAGCUCCUGUAACUCCACCAGCGACGAACACAGGCCCCCUGACGACGACAACGACGCCGUCCCCAACGUCCACGAUACGGAACGGUAUCGUUUUACAUCAUCAGGCGCACCAUCACCAUGGAGGCGGUGUUACGGGUGCCGGUGAAAGCUCCACCUCCGAGAAGGACAGCUCGCGGGAAAGCUCCAAGAGCCCGAUGCUGAUGAAAAUGCUCGACAAGCAAGAACAAACCUGCCAGUGGUGCCGCAAGGUGAUUCCGUCCCAUCAGGCUGGCAUUCUCGGCACAACCGAGGGAAUGAUCUUCUGCACCGAGGCGUGCUUCUCGCAGUCCCGCCGGGCGUCUUUUAAACGAGCGAAAACCUGCGAUUGGUGCCGGCAUGUGCGUCACGCCGUCAGCUACGUCGACUUCCAGGACGGUGCCUCCCAGCUGCAGUUCUGCUCGGACAAGUGUCUCAACCAGUACAAGAUGCAGAUCUUUUGCAACGAAACGCAGGCCCACCUCGAGAUGAAUCCGCAUUUGAAGGAGAAAAGCACAUCGGCAGGCAGCCUCAUCACGCCGGAACUGUGGAUGAAGAACUGCAAGAGCUGCUCGAUGUCACCGAUCUCGGAUCGAUCGGAAUCAGUGUCACCCGUCCCUUCGAUACCGAUCCGUUCGUCACCGGAACCAUCUCCGGUUGCGCUUCACUCACCGACACCGGCCAAAAAGCCACUCAUUUCCGUGGCCCCACCAUCGAAGCUGCUCUCGAAAUCACUCCAACCGAGUCCGUUGGGUCGUCCCAGUCCAAAAGGUUCACGUAAACGACGGCCGGGUCAAAGGCCCACCCAAUCUGCCCAGCACAGUGGUUCGAAACGAGCUGCCACCGGACAUCAGACGGAGUACGGUGGUGUUGGCAGCAUCAACAACAACAACCUUACCAUCCCGAACAACAACCUUGCCGGUAGUCCGUCAGCAGCCAGUUCCGUUUCCGGUCCGGUUAAAUCCUGCCCGGUGAUGUCACCAAGCGUCCAGGAUCUACGAAUAUUGCAGAAAAAGCACAAUCCCGUCGUGAGUUUGGGCGGAACUGCUGGUCCUUCCAUGGUGGGGUUUGAUGGCCGCACGCACGAGACGAGUGGUCCUGCUCUUGGACCACCUCCACCCCCGCCACCAGCACCGUUAAAUAUUCCACCACAGUUCCUUCCACCACCGCUCAACCUACUGCGGGCGCCAUUUUUCCCGAUGAAUCCGGCCCAGCUGCGUUUCGGAGGCGUACCGAACCCUCAACCAGGACCUCCAGGACCGAUGGGUCCACCACCGAGCCCACUUGGGCCGGGAAAUCGCCCACCCGUACCGAAUCUGCUCGGUUUGGGUGGCGCACCACCCGUUACGAUUCUAGUCCCGUACCCCAUUAUCGUGCCACUACCGCUGCCGAUCCCGGUUCCGAUUCCUGUGAUAGAUUUCUUGAGGGCGGCCCUACCGAAGGAUGCCACGAAGGAGCCGACGGUGGUGAAGCGACAGGAGCAAAGGACCACGCAGGAAGAACCGAUGGCUACCAAACCGACGGUGGAUAGCGAUGAAACGGUGGUGGAGGAUUUGUGCCCGCAAGAAAGUGAGCUGGAUGUUCCGUUGGAUUUCACCGUCGGUGGUGCAGGCAAGCUGCAGGACCGAGAUGCCGUCUCAAACGAACGGAGUGACACGUGGAGUGAACCGGAAGUGGGUAGCGUACCAUCGUAUGUCCUCGCGACCGUCGAAGCAGGGCCGAACCAGUCGAACGACGACACUGGCCACCCGGCAGGAUUGACGUCCGAAUCGGGAAAGCAAUUAUUGCCGAGGUAUAAACUCACGCGCGUUGAACUGGGAAAACCCCCGACCGGAUCAGCUGACGGAAGCAACACGGAACGGCCACUCGACGAGGAGGACAUCGAACGCGAACGAAAGGAGAUGGUCGAACGGAGCCGCCCUUUAAGGAAGCGAAAAAGGCUCGUUGUGCAGCAACACCUUCAAACGGACCAGCUGCUGCUUCACGAUCAUCCGGCAAACGAAGGCGUUGGUGAGGAGAGCGAACUCCCUGUGCUUCACCGAUCUACCCCUGCUGAACAAGAAUAAGUUAUCCUUGAACGCGGAUGUUUCCGCUGGUGCUGCGUGUACUUGUCCCUAAACGGCUCCAGUUCCCCAGUCUCUUCUGAUCGAGUCAUAGUGUUCUGCAGUAUUGUAUAGACUUUUUAUUCGUAAAUGAUGAUUAUUUCAUAAGCAACCACUAACGAACGAUGAUGGCAA